AGACAGUUUUAUUUUAAAGUUCGAAAUAUACAAUUUUUUAAAUUACACUAGUUUAUUUAAAACACAAUGUCAAACACUAUAACGGAAGAAGAAAUUAAUAAAGAAAAACCCAUUAAAAUUGGUCCUAAAAGACCUCGCUUACUUCAAAGUUACAAAAAAAUUCCAAAAGAGAAAACUAUAGUUGAAUCUGAUAAAGAAACAGAUGGAACGGUAGAAGAGGAAGAGAAUGUAGAAGAUGAUGAACUACUGGAUUUAAAUUUUUCAGGAUGUACUAGUGAGGAGUUGCUAAAUAAAAGAACGAAAUCUUUCACUUGCUUUGCACAACUAGUUUUAUCUAGCAGCUCCCUGUUAAGAAAUAUAAAUUAUGCUUUUCCUAUUUUAAAAGAUCCUGGAAUAGACGAUGCAUUUAAUUAUGUUGAACCUGUACCUGUCUACGACGACAUUGGAGUACAGAAAUAUAUAAAUAUUUGUAAGGAACUUAACAUUGUACCGCUCAGAAGAGUAAAAAAUACUCUUAGCAGUAAACGUAUGAACUUAAAGUUUUACGGUUUGAGAGAAAAACAAUUACAAGCUAUUAUGGACACGCUUACAGGAAAUCACUACGUAGAAACACUAGUUUUACAAGACAAUUUUUUAACGACAAAAAUGGUCGGAUUAGUUUGCAAAAUGAUCGAAGAAAACGGUACCAUUCGUGUUUUAAAUAUGCAAAAGUGUAAUAUUGGAGCAGAUGGCGCCGUGUUACUUAAUGAAUCUUUAUCAAACUCCCAAUUCCUUACUGAAUUGGAUCUAAGUUGCAACAAUUUAGGUGAUACAGGGAUCAGAAAUGUCCAACAAGGCCUGUGUGACAUGCCCUCCUUGAAAGCAUUAAAUCUUAGCAAUAAUAAACUAACAGGAGAAUCAGCUGAUGCAAUUGAAAAAAUAAUUGUUAACAAUAAAGUGUUGUCUGAAUUGAAUUUAUCAUGGAAUGAAUUUUACACAGCAAUAGGAAACAGAUUAAUAUUUAGAUCUCUUCGAAAUACAGAUCGUUUACGUGUUUUAAACUUAUCUUGGAAUGGAAUUACUGCAUCGAAUGCUGUUAGUUGGCUCUGCAGAUAUAUAAGAAGGUCGAGUGUUUUAGAAGAAUUAGAUCUAAGCUGGAAUAAUUUUUCAGAGCGAGCUUCGAAUUUAAUAAAGAGAGCUGUAAAUAGAAAUAAAUCAUUGGUCACCGUUAAAAUAGGAAACAUAUAAUGUAAUUCAUACUACUAAGUACAUAAGUAUACAAAUGACACACAGUUUGUGACAAAAAAAGUUUGAAAAUA